AUGGAGAGAAAUGAAAUAAGGGAAGGGCCUAUAGCUAUUGCAGUCGACAGAGACAAAACAAGCUGCCAAGCUCUUAAAUGGGCUGUGGAACAUUAUAUACCUCGAGGCGGAACAGUAAAACUUGUUCAUGUCAUCCAAAAAUCUGCUGUAAAUGCAAAUGCACCUUCUACUGAUGAUGAAUUGUCUGAAAGACAACACAGUGAUAAACGAAACACUCAGUUUCUUCCAAUGCGUUGUCUUUGUAUGCGACGAAAUAUACAAAGCGAAGUCGUUUUGCUUGAAGAUCAGGAUGUGGCCAAGGCAUUGAUCGAAUUUAUUAGCCAGAACUGUAUUUCUACAUUCUUGCUAGGUGCCUCGUUGAAGAAGAGCAUUACAAGGCUAUUCAAGGUUGAUGAGAUUCCAAGUAAUGUGAUGAGAUGGGCUCCAGACUUCUGCAGCGUCUUAGUCAUAUCAAAAGGAAGACUAUCAACUGUACGGUCAGCCACUCGGCCUUUACCUCAAGCAUUGCCAUCUCCUUCUUCAGGGACUGCACCAUUGUCACCACUCAGCAACACCGAUGAGGCUCCCUCUGAGAUGUCAUUAUCAAGAGAGGACGACGUUUUCUUUGAGGAGUUAUCAUCCUUUGACACAGAUUCUACCGUGAACAUUAGUGACAGGAUCAGUACAGAUAGUUCGGUUCUCUCUUUCUAUGAGAAACUUGGGGCUCCACACAUGUUGGAGAUUCCUAGAUUCUCUGGUCUGGAUGAUGAGAAGUCCAAGAUUUCGAUCUCUCUAAACAGUCCUUCCGAUGAAAAGAGCUGUACAUUAGCUGCCGCACUACCACCAAUGGAUGAGGCCGAGGCUGAGAAGAGAAGGCUGAAGAAAGAGCUGACUGAGACAAUGGACAUGUACCACGCUGCCUGCAAAGAAGCUCUUAUGGCAAAAGAGAAAGCAAUAGAGCUCGAGAUAUGGAAAAAGAAAGCAGAGCAAAGGCUUCAGAUGGCUGAAGAAACAGCAACAAUGGCCAUCAUGGAGAUGGAGAAGAUAGAACUGGAGGUACAGCGGAGAGUGGAGGCAGAGAUGAAGGUUGUGAGAGGGAGAGGGAGUAGUACUGAUGACAGAAACAUGGUUUUGGAUGCUCUUGCAGAGUCUCAUAACGUGGUUAAACAUGAGAGCUUGCUCAACAUUUUAGUUGUACUUUUCUUGUUCUAUAUUUAUUUCACACUCAGAUAG